AGUCCGUGAGCUGGGGUCGCGAGGACAAGUGGGCUCGUUCUCGUCGCCGCAGUCUCGCUUGGGGUCUCGCGACAUCGGUGCGCAGGAGGAAGGCAGUCGUCUCCAGGGUCGAGCUCGCCCCUCGCCAAGAUGUUCUCCGGCCUGACGAACCAGGUGUCCAACUGGAUGGGGAAGAAGCCCGAGGACGGCGCCGAAUUCCCCGCCGAGGAGAGGGCUGCGCCCGCCGGGGUCGAGGGCGACCCCGACCUCGAGAAGAAGGACUCGAGCCCUACUAAGGGAGGCAGCAAGCUGGAGAUGCUCGCCGGGGUGAAGUCCCAGAUGACGGGCUGGCUAAGUGGAGGGAUCCCUGGAUUGGGACGCGGAGGCGCUCCCGGGGAGGUCCAGGAAGGCGUAGUGCCCCCCGAGGCACCCGAGAGCCAGACGUCGCGGGAAAGCGUCCAGGGCUCCUCCCCCGAUCACGUAAAAGACGAUGACGCUAGCAGGUGGGUUGCGGGUGCGACCAGCGGUGCCGACAGCGGACCGGCCAGCCUAGGGGAAGGAACCCCCACGGAGGACAAGGACCAGCAGCCCUUCGGAGCAGUCUCGACGAAGGCGCUGGCAGGAGCGAAGAGCCUUGGCGGAUUUUUGUACAGUGCCGUGAAUAAAGCUGGGAAAACGGUCGUCGAGGCCAGCGUGAAAAUCAAGAAGACCGUCGAGGAGAACAGGCUGAUAGCUGAACUGAACAAAGAGCAGGAGGCUUUCAUCAACAGCAAGCACAACGAGAAGGGCGAGGCCGUCGCACCCUGGGUUGGAGCACCGAACGAGGAGGCAUUGCGAAAAGAGUGCUUAGACCUGUCGAGCGAUCGGCGUAAUUUCGUGAGAGCACCCCCUCCAGGGGUGGAGUUCGCCUGGGAUUUCGAGGCCGUCCAGCCGAUGGCCCAAGCCACCCUCGCCUUGGAUCCCAACCUGGAGACCAUGAGGUUCGAGCUGGUCCCCAAAGUCAUAUCCGAGGAGAACUUCUGGCGCAACUACUUCUACCGAGUCUCUCUUUUACGUCAAAGCCACGAAUUGAACGCAAUGGUCAGCCAAACGGAAAGCAAUCCUAAUCAACAACCCCUUACAUCCUCCGGUAGCAUCGAUCAUACUCAAGUUGAAGCGAAUUUCGGCCGAGAGAACUCCGGAGUUGCGUCCAGGACGGAAGACUCCACGACGACGGACUCUUCGGGGCACGAAUUCGUGUCCGACAGCGUAAGAGCCUCGGACACGGACAUCCAGGAGGUCAGGGAAGGCAUGAAAAAACUAGGGAUGCAGCCACCUAAAGGUGUACCGAGAGCUGAGCGAGCAGUCGUGCCGCGCGGAGGGUGUCGCACCACGCGCGUCAAAGUGAGACGAUUCGGCACGACCUUGCCCAACAACUAGUCAAGGCUCCAAACCGCAACCCUGGCUCUUCGUUCAAGUCUUACUCGCUUGAUUUCGAUAUACAUAUGUAUGUACAUAUGUAUAUAUGUAUAAUGGGUAUGUAUUUUUAUAUAUAUAUAUAAUCUUUGCAUUUCGAGUUGCCGCCUACCGGACUGAUUGCAGCUACUGUUCAACAGGAGGCCCUAAUUUCGCGGAACGGGAGCGGCGCCUCGGAAAGAUGCCCCCAAUUCAUCCGAAUCGAGAUCGCCCGAGUCCUAUAACACGAGUGUGUCGCCAAAAUCAGGAUGUGGACUUACGAGUGACCGUGAUAUAUCAAAAGAUGUCUCCUUAUCCAGGCUAGAUCACUCCCCCCAUUUAUACAAGUGGAUGGAAAAAAGCAGAAGCUUUUUAAUCUCGAUGAGUAAUGGUCAAACCCGCGAUAGUAAAGUGUUAAAAGUCUAAGGUUACAGGGUGUAUUGACAAAGUGGAAUGAUUCGAAGAUCCUCUCUCGACUCGAGUCGGGCGCUCUGACGGCAAUUAAUCGCGAAAAUCGGCCGUACAUUGUGUGUGUAUAUAUAUAUAUAGUAAAAUAUGCCAGAGUCGCGUUUGGAAUAUCGUUUCCUCCCCUACCCGCCGUCGAUCGUCGUCUCGUCUUUCCCUCUUUUCUGACUUUUCUUCGUCGAGUUACACAUGGCCAACUUCCCAAUACUGUAACAUGCUACUGGGAGUAUCUGCUUGGCCAGACUCUAAUAGUUACAGUAAAAAAUAGCGAUAAACGGCACUGUAUUAGGAAGAAGCAAAAUACACGUUACAUUCUCAUUAUUUUAUCGUUGAUAAAUGCUAUAAUAUUUGUGUGCGAGUGUCCUUUCAAUCUCUCGUUCCCUCCUCUUUCCCUCUCAUCUCUUUUCUCCCUCCGUUAAAUCUCGUAUAGCGUCGGCAUCAACGUCGGCAUCCCGUGUCAAUGAUCUUCGAUUAUCACGCCGGACCUUCGCCUGCGCGGCGAUCGCUCGUAUUAUCAAUAUUAAUCAGCUAUUUUUACAAUCUCUAGGGGGGGGCCCCGCCAUCGGGCCCGAAAAAACUCGCCAACAUCCCUCUUGCCAGAUCGGACUCUAGCAGGCAAACGUGUCUCCUCGAUUUAAUUACAACUCUGCGGGAACGCGUCUCGCUGCAAGGACCUGCUCGGCAGGACAUAGGAAACCUCGGCGGCAAUGGUUCUUCAAACUAUUCUACAUCGAAUGUACAGCGCAAUGUACCGGGCACGGAGAGUCCAAUCCCGAGGCGUUCGUUAAACGGCGUCGAAAUUCGCCCUCAAAGGGUAUCCCCUGCGAUUCGUUCCCGAGUCGCCAUCUUGGGCGUCGUUUUCUUCCCCUCAUACGCUGGAAAAUGAUCGCGCAGAGUGCAACCGUCGCCUCGAGAGGGGUCCAACGUUAUAAACGAUGUAAUCCGGCAAACGGACGAGACCUACCUCAAGUCCUUUGCAACGAGACCGCUCCUCGCUUUACAACGCUAUUAGUAAAUUUGUUUAUCUUAGGUGCUAACUUUUAAGUGCCUUACGGUUCGUACAAUCGGCCCUAACUCGUAAAAUCUAUGGUGUCUAAAGUGAUGGAUUAACGCUAGAUCUCAUUUAUAAUCAGAUCGGAUAAAUUAAUCGUCAAUAAUUGCGUACGUCUCUCGUUCUCGCUCUCGCACACGCUCUCACGCUCGGUCGCUCUCACUCUCUCCCUUGCGCUCUCUCUACCUAGGCUAGACUCCGACGGAAAAAUAUAUUUAUAAAAAGUUAUAUAAUAUCAUUAAUAUAUAUAUAUAUAUAUAUAUAUAUAUAUGUAUAUAUAUAUACGUUUCAAGCGUUCUAGAUAUCGUACUAAUCCUCUACUUAAAGUCUAAGCUCCCAACGUCGACCUCGUGCCGUAGAUACUUGCGAUUCUCUAGAGGCUGCCGCCGAGGGCGGAGAGCCGCGUCUCUCUAUUUUUUUUAUUCUUUUUCAUUUAUAACCGUAAUAACUGGCUAAACCUCUCCUUAAAUGUACAGACAAAUAACUCGAGUCGAGCCGCCGGUUACGGAAUAGCCCGCAGAGUCGCUCCUCCAAAGGGGCCCCCGCCGAGUCGCGUCUCCCCGAUAAGGGGUUAUCACGGGGUUUCGCGUCCUCGUCGGGCCCCCCUCCUCUUGAAAGAUCGCCUCCGUACCCCCCUCCCGUUCUCGUGGAUGGAAUCCGUUGCUUGUGAAUGGCUUAAACGGCGCGUUCGGCGGAACGUCCCGCGAACACAAUGAUUUAUCUGUACCUCCCCUCGACGGUCAAUUAAAAUUCUUGCAGAGGCGAGAGCUCGCCCUUGCGAGUCUCGGGGAUUUUGCGGGGGAGCGGCGCUGCAUCUCUUAAAAAUAUUCUAAGCACCCGCAAGCGAUCCCCGGCCCUGCGGAUCGUCCCCGCGUAAACGGCGGCCCGAGACCGCCCUUAAUAUCGAGUGUCCCCCAACUAGUGUGUCUUCAUCAACAUGAUUAUUAAAAACUCGUAAUGAGACCUUCGCAUAUCUCGGCCGAAUGCACCGUGCUUCUUUCCAGCGUACGACAUCCUUGUAUUACAAUACGUCGUACCUUGUACCUUGUACGCGCGCGCGUGUCGAUCCUGUCUACCAGGGUGUACGUGUACGUGGGUGUGUCCGUGUGUACAUUAUCCUCGACGUUUGUGCAAGGGACAACCCUCUCCUUACCGAGUACUAAUGAAAUACCAUUGUGCGCGCGCCUCUCUAGCCCCGCGUUAUCACGUCGACCAUAUCGCGAUUACCAACGGCGCCUAGUUUACAAUAAUUAAUAUCUUUGGUAUCGUGCCUGAGUCUUCGUAUAAAAUGAAUAAAAGGAAGUCGCUAAAUUAGUCCCGAGAGAGAGCUUGCUCCGCGCUUCGAGGUCCGUCGUAUCAAACUUAGAUGAUCCCAGUCCGAUUAGAAAAGACUAGCUAAAUUUUCGAAAGUAAACCGCGGGGUAGGAUAUACCUCUCAAGUUCGUACGGAUUUACGGCAGCUUUUUGUUCCGCGUGUAUGAUGCGUAUAUGUAUGUAUGUAUAUAUAUAUAUUUAUAUAUAUAUUUAUAUAUCACGUGGCUGUCAGUGGUGUCGGUUAUCGGUAAUACCAAACCCGGAAUCUCGGGUUACCGCUCCCUUGGGACGGGGCCGACGACGGCGUCGCGACGGCGACCUUCCAAGGGAAUUCUCGUGGUCUCUCUUCAAGGUUGAAGGAAAUCGGUCCGGCCUAAUUUUACGCGACUGUUACUAGAGGAAGCAUUCUUUACGUUACGCUAGACUUCGCGUGGGAAAUGGAAACGGGGCGAAAGAGAAACGACCAAAAAAAAGAAAUGUGUAAAGAAGAUAAAGAGCAAUGACAACGAAACGUUGCGUUACCCGCGAAUCUCCCGUGUUUCUUUUUUUUUUUUUCUUUCGACGUCAAGGGAGAUCGAUGACAUGACGUCGACGUCUUCGCGUCGGACGCUUUUCGCGCGCGAUAGGACGAGCUCGGAUUCGGGAUUAGUUUGAAACUUAUUGUAAACGCGAUGAUAAUUUGUACUAUCGGUAAAAAGAAACUAUGCUUUUCUUCUUCUUUUUUUUUUUCCUUUUUUUGCGUAGUUUUUCUUUUCCUUACGUCGGUCGCGAUGCAACGAUGCAGCGGUCGGAACAAUGAACGAACAAUCGGGCUCGCCUGACGGAGUCUCUCAGUCUUUCUCGAUUAGGAAGUCAUAAGCAGGCGACCCUUCCCUCUAAUCAACGCUCGAUCGAUCGAAGAAUGACAAUCAAAUGCUUUAACAAGUUGCGGUAGUCGGAUUGUGUGUGACAUGUGCGUGUCAAAGUGCAGCGAACGUUCGAGUCAAUUGUUCACAACAUCGGAAGGGCGUCGAGUCGUCCUCGUAAACCGAUUGUUUCGGCCCUUCGACUUCCCACGAGGGUUUAGUUUUAAGAGCGUGGAAGUGGGGCCGAAAUUGCGAGCUCGGGGGGCGAUUUCGAAAGUUUAAUCAUUCCGAGAUAAACACCGAAAAGAGAAAACAAGCUCUCGGGGGGGUGGGUAAAACGUGCCGCGCCGAGUGACGCUAAGUGAAAUGUUGCUGUUUACGUGUCAACAUUUAAUUACGGGAAAUAUGGAACAAUGCUUGUAUAAUUUCCCCGUUCUGUCACUCUCGUUGGGGCAUAAAUAGGAUAAAAGUUCUGCCGUGCGGGCAAUUUCGAAAGCCAUUUGAUUCGCCCUGUUUAUACGGUUUAAACUGACACCGCUGAAGUAUGACCUCAUGUUUAUAUCGCGCAUUCGUAGCGCGCUUUUAUGCCGUUUAUGUGUUUACGUUCUAUCGCGUAUGACGGAGAGCACACGAUCAGUACAUAAAACUACGUUUGCAAAUGCAUUUCGUCUUUCUGCCAUUCUGGUCACGCUUGCUCGUUUAAACGCACGGAUGCAAUUUUAUCAGACCGCGUAUAUUUCGCCCCGUGUAACGUUCAUUCGUAACGGCUUUGUGGAAGCGGUAAGUUAUUAAUUAGAGAAACUGCCCAACAAGUGUCCAAGCUCAUCGAGGCCGUUUUAAACCCAGCGGGUAUCGACUUGGUUGCGAAAGAAGUUAAUGGAAAAUCGCCCAAAAGGAGCGAAGAUGGCUGACGGCUCUUCCUCUAGGGCGAGCCGCCAUCUUGGAAAAAGGGAAAAGACGAGAUUCCACCCUCCCACGCUCUCGAUGAUUGUGAACAAGAGAUGUCGAGGGUCAACGGCACGUGUGUUUGUCGUUCGAGAGGAGCACUUAAGUUCAACCCUCUCCAUAUCACCCCGUCCAUUGUCUAGAAAACAUCUCGUCAUAUAGAAUAUAUCACAUACGCGUUACUUCUAAACACACUGAAAUAAGAAGCACUUUAAGAUAGAUGUCUACAUACACCAUCGGGCCCGGGAUAAAUCGACUGAUCUCUCUGUUCUUCCUCGCUCAUAUAACUUUUAAUUGCCGUAUAUGUCUGUAUAUAUGUAUUAUUUACAUGCAAGCCCCGUACCUCUCUCUCUCUCUCUCUCUCUCCCCAGCUCGUUCCUUCUGCUGCCUAUUACGUAUAUGUGCUAGGGUGAUUCGCGCCCUUUGCGAAACGUACGAAAGAGUCCAAGCAAGCGUUUGAAUCAAAGAAGGCACGAUGUUCCUUAACGCGAUGUUAUCAUGUAGUAGAAACCUUCUAAAAGGGACGAUAACGCGUCCCGUCACCGCGGUACCCGCCGAUCCUCCGACUGCAAUUAUACCGUUUUGAAGAAGUAUUUGAUUAUCGGUCGAGAAAGGUGCGUGAUCCUUAAUCAAGAGACAGCAGGGCAGAGUCAGAAGGGAAUCCAGGGGUAAAUCAGAUCUAACAGGAGAGUCAAAAUUCGGUUGGCGUGUCUACUAGUAUCUAAAUGCAGCGAUGACAAAAAAAUUGAACACCGAACAUCGCUUCAGUCUUGACGUCCAAUUGACUGCAACAUCUACUCUAAGGGCAACCUCCGGUUCGGUUCCCGAACGGUAUCACGACUCUCGGUGUGAUCGUACAGCGGAGGGUCAAACUGAGGAUAGCUAUGUCGCGAUACAAAAGAGGAUCAUUGACAUCAGUAAUUUGAAUGAUUUGGCCUCUGUAGAGAUUUGUGUCUCCCCGAUCCGACGUGGGAAAAAGCGAUCGGUCCGAGAUGACCCGGUCUACUCUUCGCGCGGGCAUUCUUACUUCUACAAACUGCACCGUCGUAACAUACGUCGUUUACGGAACACCGCUGCCUGGAUAGUACGUAGAUAUUUGAAGGAUGACAUCGUAAACAAUUCCACAAGUCGAACGACAGCUCGCACGAAUGUCCUUUCUGUGCCGGACAAUUGAAAAGAAUACUCCCGCCAAUAUGUACACGCACGUCUACGAGUCUCCCGCGCGUGAUUAAUCCAUUUCGUCCCAAGAACUCAAACGAAGAUCGCCUCUCCUUUCGAUCCCGAUACCGAGCAAACGAGGACAAGCAAGUCAACGAAGAAGAAACCCAGGGAUCUCGGUACCCGCGGCCUGCGAUAAAAAAAAAAUCAGUCUAACGAUUGACGUUCGGGCCCCAGAUUUUAAACAAUAUUAAGACGAAGCCCGGAUGACACGUAAAACUAAGGGAGACAGUUUGACGGAAAUUCCGUAACGACCGUAACUUAGAUGAACAGUGAACCGUUUCGGUUCACCCUGGGGAGCCAUGAACCCGAAGGAUUCGUGGCACGACGUUUGCCAUAUAGGCGAUACUCUCCAAUUACCGUCAUAAUCGUAAUAACUAAUCAUUCGUUCGCUACCCGAGAUAAAAGAAGAGAACGUCGAAUAAUAAAUGCGAAACCGUACAACUAAACUCACACACGCACCUUUGGUAAGAAACGGGCUAAUCAGGUCGCGCCGAACUGUCCCUAAGAGGACGUUGUCCACGUGGGUCAAGAACGACCAAAUAGUCCAGUGAAACCAUCGAACGAAACAACUCUCGCCGCGAAAACAAGUCGCGAAUGCCGAUCGACGUCACUUUCCCACAUCCUUAACCCGUAAGACGUGCAAAAUCCCGGGAGACCGUGCGCCGCGUACGCGUGACGAGAUUCACGCGGUCGCCCGAUGCCCGCGCGGCGGUGCACCGAAUCGCGCGUCCCAGCUUAACCAAAGAGGGGAUUCGCUCGAACGUAAGUUAGCAAAACGCAUCGUCUCUGUCUAAAGAAUUGGAAAUCGCUCCAGGCGAUGCACCGUCCCCGCGCGGGCAUAAAUAAACCGGCUCGACGUGGCAGCCCAGUCGGAGCAGCGGCUACCGCUGCUGGCUGCUCACAUCGCAAGAUGGCGACCGCGUGGCGCAGAGUCCGCGCCACGCGAUUGGCUGGCUUCCAAAAAGGAUAGCGUCCCGCGACGUCGGGUCCCCGUGGAGGUCCCUGAUCUCGGACUAAGACCGGUAGAUGAAGCUGCACGGCGGCGUGGGCGGCGGCGGCGACGACCCGCUCAUCGCGAUCGGGACGAGCGUCGGUGAGGGCGACGAGGAGGGGGGCGACGGGGAGCUCGAGGAGACG